AUGAGACUUCCGUCAUGGAAGAUCAAAUUGAAAAUGAAUAAACAGACGGUCAAACCACCUUAUCGAUUCAGUUUGAGAGCUCAAUUAACAAUAUUAGUUUGCAUUGUAGCAAUCAUAUCGUUAACAACAUUGGCUAUCAUUACGGGUGUUUAUUUCACUACACACUAUAAGGAUUUAAAUGUUAAUAGAUUAUACAUUGCAUCUCAAUUAAAAUCUUCACAAAUUGAUCAAACGUUAAAUUAUCUUUAUUAUCAAUGUUAUUGGGUUGCAUCAAGAAACACAAUUCAAACAAUGGUAUUUAGUAAUCAUACCGGGAUGCAUAAUGCUUCUGGUAUUAUUGAAUCUCAAAGUGUUUUGGAUAAAUUUGUUGGUACCUCUGAUUUAUUUUAUUAUACAAUGAUUUAUGACAAAAAUUUGAAAAGUAUAAUGAAUUCCACAAAUAAUGAAUCAGGUUCAAAUGUUGAACCUUCCAUUUUAUCGCGAUUAUUACCAUUAUCUUCCACCAAUACUACUAUCCCGCCCUUAAUUAACAAUACUGGAAUUUUAACGGACCCAAUUUUAAAUUCAACCAAAUAUUUAAUGUCGAUGUCUUUACCAAUCAGUGGCCCAUAUUCUACGGCAACAAAAAUUGGUAAUCAAUCUAAUAUAUACGGUUAUCUUACUGUAGUUAUGUCUGCAGAAAGUUUAAAAAGUGUGUUUAAUGACACAGCAGGGCUAUCAGAUUCUACAACAGCUCUAUUGAGUGCAAUAUACACAAAUGAUACAUUACCACGAUAUUUCCAUUUUGUAUUUCCGCCAUUUGAUUUGGACGAUAGUAUUAUUGAUGAAAGACAAACUAUUAAAAAUGGCACCUUCCAAUAUAGAGCUUUUGAUAAAAAUAAGAGUGGAUCCAAAAAAAAAGUUAAAUUGGUAAACAAAAAAAAUUAUGCAAUUGGCUAUGCACCAACAAAUUUCCCACUUUGUAAAUGGGUUGCAGUGGUAGCAUUGCCUGAUCAUCAAUUUUAUUCUGAAUCACGUAAAUUAACAAAAAUUAUUUGUGGUACAGUAGUUGGUAUUGCAGUAUUUGUAUUUUUAAUAUCUUUGCCAUUAUCAUAUUGGGCAGUACAACCAAUUGUUCGAUUGCAAAGGGCAAGUGAAUUAAUUACAAAAAGACGAGGUUUACGAAAUUUAAACGAUGAUUCAUUUGAUGAUAGCAAUGAUGAUCAUACAUAUGAUAGCAAUGAUGAUCAUACAUAUGAAAGUAAAUUAAUCUCUUCAACUCCAACACUUAAAAAUAGCGACAGUAAUAUUCAUGAUGAAAAAUCAGGUAGAACUAGAGGUGAUGCCAAUAGUGGUACUCUGAAUAGUAAUAACACUAUUACUAAUAAUACUAAUAACAAAGACUUUAAUAGACUGCGACGAAAUGUAUCUGUUUCGACACAUGUAUCAUUAUCUGAAUUUGAUGAAAUUCAAGUCCCUGUUUAUAGAAAAUUAUUUGAUGAUGAAUUGACUGAAUUAACUGAUACUUUCAAUGUCAUGUCAAAUGCAUUAGAUGAACAUUAUGCAUUACUAGAAAAAAGAGUUCAUCAAAGAACAAAACAAUUAGAAGCGGCAAAAGUUCAAGCAGAAGCAGCAAACGAGGCUAAAACGGUUUUUAUUGCAAAUAUUUCUCAUGAAUUAAGAACUCCAUUAAAUGGUAUAUUAGGAAUGACAAGUACUUCCUUAGAAGAAAAUGAUAUUAAGAAAAUUAAAGAUGGUUUAAAAUUAAUCUUUAGAUCUGGUGAAUUACUUUUAAAUAUUUUAACAGAAUUAUUAACUUUCUCUAAAAAUGUUUUAAAUAAAACAAAAUUAGAAUAUAGAGAAUUCAAUAUAAUUGAGAUUACAAGCCAAAUAAAGACAAUUUUCAAUAAAUUAAUCCAAUUACAAGAAGUAAAAUUAUUUAUUAGAUUACUACCAAAGAAAUUUUUAAAAUCGUUAUUAUUCUAUGGUGAUUCAAAUAGAAUUUUACAAGUUUUAAUGAAUUUAAUUUCAAAUGCGAUUAAAUUCACCCCAACAGUAAAUGGUAAAGUUGAAGUAAAUAUGUAUCUUCUAGGUGAAUAUGACGAAGAAGAAAGUAAAACUGAGAACUAUUCAAAAGUCUGUAUAAAACCUUCAACACAAAUUGUAACCGAAUCAGGGGAACUGAUAAAAUCUAAAAUUAGAUGCAAAAUUACAAAAUCUACUACUAACAUGAAUACCGCUACCACAAAUAAUAGUGCUAGGAUUGAGUCCAACACAAAUCAAUAUCUAAGUCCUUACUCUCAUACCAAUACAAGAACUCAUACACACCCAGGCGCUGAUUCUAGAAGAAAUAGUAAUGUUAGUACAGUGAACAAUAGUUCAAUUAGUCUUGAUAGUGAAUCAUCAAAGAUGUACGACAAUUUAAUGUUUAAUCGUUUGAUUAAAAGAGAAGGAGAUGGUGAUAUUAACGAUAUUAAAGCAUUAGAGCAAAUUGAAGGAAAUAAAAAAUGGGUCAUUAGAUUUGAAGUCAUUGAUAAUGGACCUGGCAUUGAUCAAAAUUUACAUGAUAGUGUAUUUAAACCAUUUGUUCAAGGUGAUCAAACUUUAUCAAGACAAUACGGUGGUACAGGUCUAGGAUUAUCAAUUUGUAAACAGUUAUGUGAGAUGAUGAAAGGCACUUUGGAAUUAGAAAGUGAGCUAGGUAAAGGUAGUAAAUUUAUAUAUACAAUACCGCUUUUACAAGUUGGAGGAACGAAGAAGGAUAAUGAUGAUAAUGAGGAAGACCAUAACGAUAAUACUAACUCUAGUGUAGAUAUUGAUAUUAUUGAAGAUACUCCUGUAAGCAUUACAUCUUCCAGUCAAACGCAUAGUGAUUUGAAUAGUCUUCAAAGUAAUUCUACCAAUGAAGUGGGCUUAGAUGAUUCAUUCAGUGAAGCAGAAAACGAUUCCACUGUAGCAUCUUUGGAUAAAUCAGUUUUGCAAAAAACCAGAAUGGAUGCACAAAAAGUUGAAGCAAAUGAGAUAGAUGAUAUUGAUCAUUGCAAUAAAGGUAUCCCAAGUAAAUUAAAAGUUCUAGUUGCAGAAGACAAUCUUGUCAAUCAAGAAGUUAUCAAAAGAAUGUUAAAAUUAGAAAAUAUUAGUGAUAUUGAAUUAGCCUUUGAUGGUAUUGAAGCGUUUGAAAAAGUUAAAAAAAAUUUACUAAGUUAUAAAAAAUAUGACAUCAUCUUCAUGGAUAUACAAAUGCCCAAGAUGGACGGUCUUGAAAGUACUACCAAGAUUAGACAAGAAUUAAAAUAUGAAGGUAAAAUUGUUGCUCUGACAGCAUUUGCCGAUGAAAGUAAUAUUAAAGAGUGUCGUGAUGCAGGUAUGGAUGGGUUUAUAGAGAAACCCAUCAAGAGAGUAGCAUUGCAUACCUUACUGGAGGAGUUUCAACAAGACUUAUAA